CCUACUUACUGAACUCGAACUCAAUCGAUUCUUUUCGUUGCGAUGAUGUCGAAGGUGUUCAGCGUAACCAAUGGCAGCGUCCUCCACAAUCUUGACACACAUAGUCGCUUCCAGCGCCGUUUCAAUUUAAUCAAAAUGUCCUCCGACGCGCUUCCUCCUCUUCCCGAAAAUCGCAUCGUCGUCGGGCACGGAAUGACGGCGGUGGAUUUCCUUGCUACGGUGGACCGAUUUCCGAACCCCGACGAUAAGGUCCGAAGCUGUUCGCUAAAGGUUGAAGGAGGCGGCAAUGCCGGUAAUGCGCUCACUUGCGUGGCUCGGCUCGGCUUGAAGCCGAAGGUGAUCUCCAAGAUUGCGGACGAUGCGCACGGCUUCGCUAUAUUGAAGGAGCUGGAAGCCGAUGGCGUCGAUACUAGCUUCAUUGUUGUAUCCAAGGGUGGUAGCUCAACGUUUUCUUAUGUACUAGUAGACAACCAAACAAAAACACGCACCAGUAUCUACACACCUGGAGAUCCUCCCAUGAUGCUAGAUGACCUACCCCAGUCAACAUUAUUAUCUGCAUUCGAUGGAGCAAGAUUAGUUUAUUUUGAUGGAAUGUUUCCCGAAACUGCUCUAUUUGUUGCGCAAGAGGCAGCUCGUAAUAAUAUUCCUAUUUUAGUUGAGGCAGAAUCACCAAGAGAAGGGUUGGAUGAGCUCAUGAAGCUAGCUGAUUUUGUUGUAUGCUCUUCCAAAUUUCCACAGGCUUGGACGCAAGCACCAUCUAUCGCGAGUGCACUGGUUACCAUGCUUUUAAGAUUUCCAAAUAUCAACUUUGUAAUUGUGACUUUGGGUGAAGAUGGUUGUCUAAUGUUAGAAAGAUGUGAAAAUGAGGAUGCUGACAUAGAAGAAGUGGAUGUAGAGAGUUUCUUAGAAUUCUUAUAUAAAGGGAAACGUGAUAGCUUGACUAUCCCAACCUGCAUACCAUUGGCAGUGAAGAAAUUCAGAGCAAAUGGAAUUGGAACAAUUUGUGGGAGAUUCUAUAUUGGAACAGCAGAGAAGAUACCAGAUUCUGAGCUGGUUGACACAACUGGUGCUGGGGAUGCAUUUAUUGGAGCGAUUAUGUAUGCUAUCUGUGCAAACAUGGUACCAGAGAAAAUGUUGCCACUUGCUGCUCAAGUGGCGGCUACAAAGUGUAGAGCUUUGGGCGCUCGAAGUGGUCUUCCACAUCGGUUAGAUCCUCGAUUGGCAUCCUUUUUAUGAUAGACAGAGACAACUGGUAUUCCCCAUCAAAGAAGCUUAACGCUCUUGUUUUUGAAGUCACGUUUACUGUGUUUGGUUCUCUGUGUAUGUCUUGUUCUAAGAUGUCCUAUAGUUUGUACAGAAUCAUGAGUUGUGUGAUUUUACUUCUCUGUUGGAGUUGUAAUUGUUCUUUUGCAGAGGGAAAAUUUUCUUGUAACCAUUUGCUUUAUUACAUCUCCUAUUGUAUCUUGGGCAUGAGACUCAUCCGGUGGUUAGUUCCGGGUAUAAGAACUAUUCUUAAGAAACAAUAUCUCAUGGUCAAAAGAUAAACUCGAGUUUGGAAAAAUGAGUUCAUAUCACCAUAAUGUAACUUUCAAUGUGAGUACUCACUCGCUCAAGUUAUUGGAAAAUUACCCAUCUUAUUCUCA